UAACGGGCGUUCUUGCACGUGACUUUCUUUCUUUCUUUUAAACCGCGUGGACUAAAACAAGUUUCGACGCAGCGCUUCGACGGUUCGUGUCCAGUCGGACCUCGCGCUCGUUGCGCUCAGGACGUCAUGGCCUCGAUGCCCGUCGGUUGGUCGCCUCGGAGCUUCGAGAGGCGUCGGAAGGCCUUCUACCGGGCCGUGCGCGACCUGAAGCCGGUGUGGCUGCUGGAGGACAUGCGCGCGAUGGAGACGUUCUACCAGGAGGAGGACUCGGGCUACAGGACCUACACGCCCUCCGAGGCGCUGCUCUACGCCGUGGUCCACGACCACCGGGACUACGCCCGCUUCCUGCUCAGCAGCUAUGCCGCCGAGGCGCUGGCGGAGCCCGGGGAGCGCGUGUGCCGCUGCGCGCCGUCGUCGCACGUGGCACUGGCGGUGCGUUACGACCGCCGCGUCAUCCUGGAGCUCAUCCUGCGGCACCGACCCGCCUGCAGCUGCGCCGACGGCGGCUCCACGCCGCUGCACCUGGCCUGCGAGCUGCAGCGUCCUGACGUGGUCGUCAUGUUGCUGGGUCACGGAGUGUCGCCCUGCGUCCCGGAUCGUGACGGCCGGACUCCGCUGGACGUCAUCCUGGAGGAAGUCCGGGACUCGGAGGAGGCGCUCGGUGGCCACAGGCGGCGCUGCCUGGACAACCUGCUCAUGUUCAUGCCGAAGCUUGAGUUCAAAAUGAAGCCUGCUCUGGUUCUGGGGCCAGACAGCUGGACCCGGGUCCUGGGUGAGGACACGUUCUACUAUCUGGUGGGGAGACGUCCGGCCCCGCUGGUUCUGGCCGCCAUGCGGACUGUGGUGAAGCAGCUGAGCCGUGAGACGUUCACGGACAGUCUGUACGAACUGCCCAUCCCUCCGUCCCUGAAACCCGCUGAUCCCCGGGACCGGCAGGACCAGUAAGACAGGAUGUCCACUGUGGAGGAGUGGUAACUUUAUGGUCAAAUAAACCUUAUCUGAUGCCAGGUCACACUGAUUUCGGAUUCAGGAACCGAAUUCAGCUCUCAGUCAGAAAAUAUUCAACUAGAAGCCUUUAGCCCAGGGGUGGGCAAUCAUGUGCCAUGAAGGGCCAAGACACUGCAGGUUUUCCUUACAACCAGUCACCUCAGCAGGUGAUUCCAU